AUGGGAGGGGCUAAGUUGGGGGUCUUGACAUCGCGAUCUGCCAGACAUAUGAGUAGGGUAUGGCGACAAGUCGAACCUGUGCUCUGGGCUGGAGCAACUGUGGGAUUGUGUUGGGCGGCGUGGAGGUACUACUGGUACCGCGUCUCCCUACGCAGCUACAGUCGGGAGACGACGGCCAGCGAUCCAGUGAUCGGGCGUGACUCGGAGAUCGACCGUCUCAUUUGCAUCCUCUGCCGCCGUACCAAGAACUGCGCUGCGCUCGUUGGCGAGGCAGGGGUCGGCAAAACAGCCAUUGUCGAGGGCCUCUCCCAGCGGAUAGCCAGCGGGAAAGUCCCUGCCAAGCUUGCCGGAGCACAUGUCAUGGAUGUCGACAUCGGGGCUAUGGUGGCCGGCGCUAGCCUCUGCGGCAUGUUCGAGCAGCGCAUCAAGGAUGUGAUAAAGAGGGCGGAGGAUGGGAAUGGCAAGGUGAUCCUGUUCAUCGAUGAGAUGCACAUGCUUCUUGGGGCCGGCGAUGUUAUUGGUGGCACAGAUGCUGCAAACCUGCUGAAGCCGGCGCUGGCCCGUGGUCGCAUCCGCUGUGUGGGCGCCACGACUCUCAAAGAGUACAGCAAGUACAUCGAGAAGGAUGCGGCACUCGAGCGGCGGUUCCAAAAGGUCCAUGUUGGGGAGCCGAGUGUGCAGGCGACCAUUGCCAUUCUGCAGGGGCUUAAACAGAGGUACCAAGACCACCACGGCUUGGAAAUUCAGGAUGCUGCUAUUGUCGCUGCUGCACAGCUCGCUGGCCGCUAUAUCACUGAUCGUCAGUUUCCUGACAAGGCAAUUGAUCUGAUUGAUGAGGCAUGCGCUGCCACAAGUAUUCUGGUCGACAGCGAAACAGAAGCAACCGCCACGCAGACACAGAUGUGCAACAAGCAAGAAGUGACUGCGCAAAAUAGAUCUAUAAAUGCAGUAAAGGAAAGAAUUGUUCGUCCUGGUCAUGUCGCACAGGUUGUGAGCUGGUGGACUGGAAUUCCUGUCGCUGCUAUUGAUCAAGAGGAGAAAGAGAAAUUACUGCACCUAGCAGACAGAUUGCAUGAGCGGGUUGUUGGCCAGGAUGAGGCGGUCAAUUUGGUUGCGCAAGCGGUGUUACGUUCAAGGGUUGGCCUUGAUCAGCCUGGCCAACCAAUAGGUUCCUUUCUCUUUUUAGGCUCAACUGGUGUUGGAAAGACAGAGCUUGCAAAAGCUCUUGCCGAGCAGCUAUUUGACAGUGAGAAGACACUGGUUCGCUUUGACAUGUCCGAAUAUAAUACGCAUGGAUCUGUUUGUCGCCUUAUUGGAGCACCUCCAAGCUAUAUUGGUUAUGAAGAUGGUGGACAACUAACCGACAAAGUCAGGAAGCGCCCAUACAGUGUCGUCCUGUUUGAUGAGGUGGAGAAGGCACAUCCCUCGGUCUUCAACAUUUUUCUUCAACUCCUUGAUGAUGGUUUGUUGACUGAUGGCAAAGGCCGGACGGUAGAUUUCAAGAACACCAUCAUCAUUAUGACCUCAAAUCUAGGAUCAAAACACCUUGCAGCAGGAAAGGCUGGGCAAAACACAGUGCAUGGCGCACGUCACCUUGUCAUGAAGCAGGUUCGGAAACACUUCAGGCCUGAGCUUCUCAACAGGCUGAGUGAGAUUGUGAUAUUUGAGCCGCUUUCUCGUGAAAAACUGGAGGAGAUUGUGAAAAUCCAGAUGAAGGGUGUUGUUGCUAGAGUAGCCAAUAAGGGCAUCUCCCUACGUGCGAGUGAUGCAGCCUUGAAUGUUAUCUUGUCGGAAUCAUAUGAACCAAUGUAUGGUGCAAGGCCUAUUGGGAGGUGGUUGCAGAAGAAUGUAAUGACUGUGAUCUCUGAGAUGAUGGUCAGAGGAGAAGCUGGAGAUGGCUCAACAAUCUCUAUCGAUGCCUCCGUCAACAAUAAGGCACUCAAAUAUGAAGUGGUUAAUAAGGUGGCAGAUUCACCUGAGAAGCUCUUGGUGCCAGUACAAGAACCUCUCUGUGAUUCCGACAAGUUGAGCGAUGAUCCGGCCAUAAUCACACGUUCCUAG